AAAUCUUUUAAAAAAGAAAAAGAAGGUCCUUAUACUAAGUGUGAUCUUUGUAAUCCUAAAAAACUAAUAAAAUGUGAAAACAGUUCAACAUCAAGUCUUAGAAAACACCUUGCAAUACACAAAGGAAAAGUUCCUGAAUUAGCUAAAGGAAAAUCAAAAUCACAGUUGUAG